CAAACACUCGAUCGCUGAAACCGUCGUCCGCGUUCCAGUCCUCGUAGUGCCAUCACCCCGCGAGUGUGAAAUAAAGGAAGCUGCCUCGAAUCACAUCAGCAGGCCUGAAGAAAACGCUCUAGAAAGAAGUGCAUUAUUAUGAGGGGCGUGGAAUCUCUCCUCGUGUUUGCCCUCAUCGCAUCCACCAAACACGGUUUUGCAGAAAAAUUUCCAGUGAAUUUCACCUCUGGAUCGAAAAGGAGUGACUCCAAAGAUGAGAGUAAGUUGUCUGCUUUGAUAGCAAAAGCUGAAGAGCAUGGUAAGCGCAUUGCACGACUCGAGGUGGACAGUGGGCAUCUUUGGCAUGACAACGAGAACCUGAAGCGUGAAAAUGACAACCUGAAGCGCGACAAUGAAAAUGCGAUGGAAACCGUGGAAGGCCUGAAGGACGACAACGAAAACCUGAAGCGGGGCUAUGAAGACUUGAAGCGAGAAUUCCAAAAGCUGGAGAAUGACUUUCAAGACCUGAAACAUGAAAGGGAAAACCUGACGAUCGACCUCCGAAUCCUAAAGCUGGAUAACGAGAACCUGCGCCUCGGCAAUGCACACCUGAAGUUCCAACUACUUGAAAGUCUGCUUGAGAGAGACAAUGCUAUGCAGCUUCAGCAGGAAGCCAUCGAUGAAAGACUUCAGUAUCUGGAGGCUACAACACUGCAAAUCGCGCCCAGAACAUGCCAAACCUUCGCCGAUUUGGGAGUUCAACGGACAGGAACGUACUUUGUGGAUCCAGAUGGUCCCCUUCUCGGGGAUCCACCCAUCAAAGUACGCUGUGAUAUGGAAACAGAUCCGGUAUCCACGAUCGUUGCGCACGAUUCGAUGGAGAUCGGUAUGGUGAUCGUUCCUUGUGCUGAUCCUGGCUGCUUCAGGCGACGCGUUACUUAUGAUGCAACGCUCAAGCAGAUGGUGGCGCUGAUCAAUCAAUCUCAUUCCUGCGAGCAACAAAUCACAUACGACUGCAUUUCGGCGGCCCUGAGUACUGGAGACACACAGAACGCAUGGUGGGUGGACCGCCACGGUCAACCUCAAUCUUACUGGCAUGGAUCGGGCUCAACAAAUCACACGUGCAGGUGUGGACUACUGAAGGACUGUACCGACCCAAAUCUGCUUUGUAACUGCAAUGCAGAAUCUUCCAAAAGGCAUUCCGAUUCAGGAACGAUCACCAACGCAACAGCGCUGCCUGUCACUGAGCUCCGAUUCGGGGGGAUGCAGCUCGAGGAACAGGAGGCCAAUUACACUCUGGGCGGAUUGGUUUGCAGGGGACAGGCUCCUCACCAGGGUAACCCAGCUUCAUCAUGCUCAUCAUUGCGCAAAGCUGGAAACACUCGUACGGGAUACCAUCUGAUCAGCAGGAAAGGAGGACGAUUGGAUGUUGUCCUUUGCCAGAUGGAUUUAGAGGAGACAGAUCCAGAGUUUCAAGUUGAAACCGGAGCGCGUAUUCCGGAUAGAGGCGUAUAUUUCAAUGCGUACAGAAAAUCUCCCUGGAACAUUAGAGGCACAGUGGAAUUCGAGGGGACUGAGGUGAACAUUGGAAACGCAAUGGAUUCGAACAGCGGAAUAUUCAUCGCACCCUUCGAUGGUACUUACGCAUUCAUUCUUCACUACCUCACUAACGCCCGAACCGACUCCGUAGAAUUGAGACGAAACGGAACGAUUCUCGGAAGAUCGUACUCCAGAGGAGAAAAUUACAGGAUGUCCGGACAAUCCAUAUUACUGGACCUGAAGAGGGGCGACAGAGUCCAAGUCCACUUGGAAAACGGAGAAUUGUUCUCAAACGAUAACCGUUUUGUCCACUUCGUAGGAUUUUUGCUGUACCCUUAGUAAUAUGACGAACAAGAACAUGUAUUUUCUUUU